CGCUAGAUGACAGCACUGUCUAAGCAAUUAGCCCGUGAAAAAUAGCAAUAUUCCCAACUCCAUAUCGCAAGGAUGUGGACUGUCCCUUCCUGUUUUAGUGCCGAGAGAGCCACCGUAGCGACUCGCACCGGAGCAGGAAUACAGCCGCUCGUAACGCGAUUAUGUCCGGAUUCUCGCCGCGUCGGUCCGAGACGCGGAGCUUUAUUUACCACCGUGGGUUCCACGACUUCGUGUAUUAGGAAGCGCUGUUAUGUUGUUCUCCGGUAGCUGGUAACAGAGCAGGCCUGUUUAUUGCGCUGCCAACCCUUGUUCCUUUCCUGUGUCAAUGAUUGUCCUCCCCUCACUCUCAUGGCGGAGACUAAAAUAAUAUAUCACAUAGACGAGGAAGAGACGCCGUAUCUGGUCAAACUGUCCGUUCCUCCGGAGAAAGUCACCUUAGCGGAUUUUAAAAAUGUCCUCAACAAUCGACCCGUCAAUAGCUACAAAUUCUUCUUCAAAUCGAUGGACCAGGAUUUCGGGGUCGUCAAGGAGGAGAUUUCCGACGACAACGCCAAGCUGCCCUGUUUCAACGGGAGGGUAGUUUCCUGGCUGGUCCUGGCCGAGAGUGCCCACUCUGAUGGAGGAUCUCAGUGUACAGAGAGCCACCCGGAGCUGCCCCCUCCUCUUGAGAGAACAGGGGGCAUUGGGGACUCACGCCCCCCUUCCUUCCAUGCCAACGCGGUGAGCAGCCGAGACGGCCUGGACACCGAGACGGGCACCGAGUCCCUGCUGAGCCACCGCAGGGAGCGGGAGAGGGAGCGGGCGCGGAGGAGAGCCAGGGAGAGCGAGCUCCCUCGCAUCAACGGCCACUCCAAGUCAGAGCGCACGGCGCGGGACUCGGCCAUGGGCUACGACAGCGCCUCGGUCAUGAGCAGCGAGCUGGAGUCCAGCUCAUUUGUGGACAGCGAGGAAGAUGAGGAUGCUAGCAGGCUCAGCAGCUCCACAGAACAGAGCUCCUCGUCGCAGCUCAUGCGCAGACACAAACGCCGCCGGCGAAGGCACAAAGUGGCCAAGAUAGACCGGUCUUCGUCCUUUAGCAGCAUCACAGACUCCACCAUGAGCCUGAACAUCAUCACAGUCACACUCAACAUGGAGAAGUACAACUUUCUGGGCAUUAGUAUUGUGGGUCAGAGUAAUGACCGGGGCGACGGAGGCAUCUACAUCGGCUCCAUCAUGAAGGGAGGCGCCGUCGCUGCUGACGGUAGAAUAGAACCCGGAGACAUGCUCCUUCAGGUGAAUGAUGUAAACUUCGAAAACAUGAGCAACGACGACGCUGUGAGGAUCCUGAGAGAGAUUGUUUCUAAAACUGGUCCUAUUAGUCUUACUGUUGCCAAAUGUUGGGACCCAUCUCCUCGAAGCUACUUCACCAUACCUCGUGCUGAACCAGUCAGACCCAUCGACCCUGCAGCCUGGAUUUCACACACCACCGCGCUCACAGGCCCUUAUCCACACUAUGAGUUCGAUGACUUGCCUUUAUCUGUGAGUAAGACAGACAUGGCAACAAUCGUCAAGGUGAUGCAGCUGCCAGACUCCGGCCUAGAGAUUCGAGACAGGAUGUGGUUGAAGAUCACCAUUGCCAACGCCGUCAUCGGUGCUGACGUGGUGGACUGGCUCUACUCCAGGGUGGAAGGCUUCAAGGACCGGCGGGACGCCAGGAAGUACGCGAGCAGUCUGCUGAAACACGGCUACCUGAGACACACAGUCAACAAGAUCACCUUCUCCGAGCAGUGCUACUACACCUUCGGGGACCUCUGCCAAAACAUGGCGACGCUCAACCUAAACGAGGGGUCCAGCGGCGGCGGCUCGGAGCAGGACACGCUGGCGCCGCUGCCCCCGGCCACCAACCCCUGGCCCCUGGGCGGACAGCCGUUCCCGUUCCCCGCCUUCCCGUCCGCUCCCCCCAGCUUCCCGCCGGGGUACUCGGACCCGUGCCACAGCUUCCACAGCGGGAGCGCAGGCAGCCAGCACAGUGAGGGAAGCCGCAGCAGUGGAUCCAACCCCAGCGCAGGCAAAGGCAGACGCUCCUCCCCACAGGAGAAGGGUCAGAGGUCAACAUGCAGCGAGUCGGAGCCCGCCGUCCGUGGAGGGAGGCGAGGGGACAGGUCCGCCAGCCAAACCAGCCAUCACAGCCAUCACAGCCACGCCGUCUCCAGCCACAGUCACGCCCGCUCGGGCCUCAGCCACGCCCAGUCCCACCGGAGCCACGCCCUCUCGCAGAACAGCCACCCGUCCUUCACCUACAGCCACGCCCCUUUCACUCAGCCCGGCCCCGGCUCCUGUGCCCUGAGCGAACGGAGCCACGCCUCCUCCUACGGCCCCCCCGGCCUGCCCCCCCCUUAUUGCUUGGCCCGUCUGGUCCCUAAGAACUCCCUGAGCAGCGGCACGCCCCCAGGAGCCCCUCCCGGGAGGGAGUUAGCCUCCGUUCCUCCGGAGCUCACCGCCAGUCGCCAGUCCUUCCAGCAUGCUAUGGGCAACCCCUGUGAGUUUUUUGUGGACAUCAUGUGACAGGACAGUGCCUUCAACGCAUACAGAGCACAAAACCUCAGCCCUUUUCUCUCUCCUUUUGCCUCUGACUGAGAGGUUUAGAAUGUAGCCUCCGAUUAGCCCUCUACUAACCUACCCUCAUAGACGCCGGUCCCUCUGAUGCCCAGGCAACGGAACACGGGAGCACAACAGGACAGGGUCCCCCCAAAACACGAACCCAUUCAACCGACGGCUCCUCUGUGGCUGAAUCUGCUCUUUUCUAUUGACUUGACGUGUACAGUUUGUAUAAAUGUGAGACGUGAGUGGUAUUCAGUGUGGUGGUUGUUGACAUUCUGAGGAGUGUGUAUUCUACCUAGGAUCAUUCGUGUUUUGCAAGACCUUUAAUCUGGUUGGGCCUGGAUCUCAAUCCCCCAGACCCACACCCGACAUUUAGUGUACAGCCCUGAGGAACACGCUUUUCUGGGCCUAGAACUGGACUGAAUCUUCUGAUUUGUAUCCGAUAAAAUGAAGCACACCUCCAUUUUUAAGCUCUUAACGGCCAAGUGCUAACCUAACCUAACUAACCUUCUCCAGUACGUGACCCACGGCGUUUGACCUUGUAGCCAGGCGUUAGUCUAAGCCGGCUGCUUAUUGCAUGACUGUCUCUUUUAAAGAAAAGAAAUCCUCCGUACAUUUCGUUGAUAGUAUUACCAGACACGGUUUGGGGAUUCGGGGGGCGUUAACCUUUUGCCAAUGUUCUAGGGGGAAGAAUCCGUACACUGGAUGAUUUUUGUGAUGUUAUUUAUGUGGUCAUUGAUGGUGUCGUACUUUGUCUCCUACAGCCGACUGACAGACAAUCAGACAUCACCCUUUGUGAAUCAGUGGCCAGUUCCCACUGUGCCAGCUGUGCUUUGUCGAAUGUAUCAUUACUCCCGACGGCGAUUAAACCCCCGACACUAGCGAGCGGAUCUAAUUACAGGCGUGGACAGUGGCCGCGGAGCCCGAGGAGAACACACGACGCCACCCGGUGUGUUCCAGCCUCGCGGCCGUCGCCUUUCUGACGAGUGAAAAAAGCCAAAGCCUCACGUUGUGCGGUGGAUAUUUUUCCUAUACUGUCGAAGCUUGUCUGUGAGCUCAUCAGGCACUUUUCAUUUUACGUUUACUGAGUGCUUUCAAGGGGAAUCCUGAGCAUCAGACUCUGAACACAUUGCAGAACAAUGGCAAACCCCUGUUGUAUUUACCUAAAGUCUAACAAGAAGGACACACACACACAAACACUAGUUUUAUGAGCACUUUUUUGUUUUGUCUCUCCCUUUCGUUAGUAAGAAACACUGUUUGCAAUCAAAGCUUUCUCUUUAAUUUUGUCUUACAAAAGAAUAAAUUGUACAUAGAAAUUUAUUAUAUAUAUAUGAAUAAAAUAUAUAUGUUCAAAA